ACGAUUUCCGUGUAGUGUAUAACAACCCUUAGGGACACGAAGAACCAGGGCGGUGCUGCACGUUGGUGUAUUGUGAGGUAGACAUUUCCACUGGAGCUGUGACGGGAUCAUUCGCUCGGCACACGCCAAUAUAACGGCCCUCCCCGGUCGUAACAUCUCUGCUGCUCCUUUCUCAGUGGCGCUGCCGUUGCUUGUGCCCUGCAAGUCAAUAACAAUCCACUAGUCCGGGAUAGAGGGGACUUUUCUGCGGCAUUCACGGUGUGUUUUGUCUUCUACCGUUGUCGGGGGAGAAAAGUAAGACAAACAAUUUUAAGAAUGUACUGAUUCUGGGCCUUUAUAAGGGUCUGAACCUUCGUGGGAGAGGGAUCGGGGAGUCAUGAUGAUGCGGACUUGGAGGCAACCUUCUUCUCGUGGUUGCGGGCGCUAUUGAAUGUUCGCCACGCCGAGACACACAAAUAUUGAUCGACUUCAACAAACAGAGUCAAAGACGGACAAAAAACUUCCCCCUCGACCUUCCUACUCAGUGUUGGUGGUGGAACAACUCCGCCUGUGUCUUCGAGCGGUACCGGCACCAUUCGACGGUCCGGUGGUUCGUUAUCCUAACACUGGAUGACGUCAUUCCGCGUUCAAGGUAGAGGCGUGGUAAGGCGGCGGCCAGUCAAACCUCACCUGCAGCUGCCGCAAGGCGUAGCAGGAACCAGAGACAGACCACUAGGACCGUACUGUCAACCCUUGAAGACAGUGUGUGCUAGCCUCGAGUGUUUUUGCUUCGAGAGGCGCGGUGGAGGACCCAGCGAACCACUUCAUGUCGCUUUGUUUGUAACUGUGGUAGUAUGUAUGUGCACACGUGGUGGAGGUUGCUGUGAGGCAAAAGUAGCCUUAAUUGAACCUUUCAGUUGUGAGAACCUUCCGUCAAAAAGUUAGACUGUAUGUCAUCUUGUUCUCAAUGUGGGCCUUCGGGCAGCGAUUGGAAGAGAGAGAAACGCAUCCUGAAGUAGGGAAGGAGUGGUCGACUAGCUGUAUCGAUUGUUCCGUUUAGUAAAUGAGCGUUUUCCGAACUGCUUCCGUCAUUCUUUCCGAAACGUCGAAAGACGUGCACAACGGAAUCGAUGUUGACAUAAGGAGCAAUGAGUCCGGAUCUCGUGUUUGCGAAGGGACUAGACAGCUUGAAAAGCUUAACGGGGAGGGAAGCCCUUUCACCUUGGAUUUCUUACUCUCGCUACCUUCGAGAGAGUGAACGCCCAGUUCGAACGUGUGGCGAUUCUAACAGUGAUAGCUUUGCAUGUUGCUCUCCGGGUCUGAAGGCGUUGUGUGCGUAGGAAAUUUGGGGCGACAGUGGAAGCAGAAUUGGGAGAACAUGGUAGGAACAGAACGCGGUGAUUUUCACCCUUGUCGGGAUGCUUGUGCUGAUUCAACGGCCCAAAACCGAAGGCGAACUCGGCUUCUUAGCCUCCUAUGUUUGCCUCAUUCCGUCUCGGCGGCUGAUCUCACCGCGACCUUCGCCAGUCUUGUGGUGUUGUGUUUUUCCCCGUUUUACCCAUGCGAAAUGAAGGUGCAUACUGCCCUUGUAAAAGUUGCCGUCCUUGCCGGUGCUGCGGCCCACCAAAAUAAGCGGUGCCCUCGUUACUUUCGCAAGGUGAAUUGUUGUGUCACAUGGAUCAAGGGAUGACUUGCCGGUCUUUGUGUUGAGCAAGACAGCGUAUCCUCUGUUCUGUACACGGUUCAGAAAAGGGGGAAACCAGGACGUUUGAGUAGCGCCUUAUAUGAUUUAGACUAGGUGGGAGAAGUAGGAGGGCGCUGUGAGUGAUGAGAAUUGGUUACGGGUAUUCGAUAAACACACCAUAUCUGGCGCACUGACAGCGUCGUAACUUGGCGAGAAGCCACUACCCACUUAUUGUAUGGCGAGCACUUAAAUCCUUGACGGUAUUACUAAUCCCUUCUUGGAUUCAGAACAGGGAAUUACUGCUGUCGUAUUGUUUCCAUGUGUGGUUCUCCAGCCAUCAUGAGGUCACUACAUUGCCGUCGAUAGAAAUGCGGUGACUCCCGUCAUCCUUCCCUGCCACUGUUUAUACUGUUUUCUUUCAUUCCCUUUUCUGUCCUGUCGCCCUCCUUGCCGCUUCUGUUGUUGCUCGUGUUGAUAGUACUGGGUGGUGACUAUGUCAAAGGACCCCAAGUUCACGGUAACAGACAUCUCAGAAGAGGAUAAGUGAAACGACACCCUCCUCAGUUUCCUUCAACUAAACAUUCAUCCCACUGAGAUCAGGGAGGCUGUGGUCGGUUCAGUUUCAGAUGCUCUUACGCUUGAAUCGUGACUCGAAAUCGAGAUUCCCAAACGGGAAGGUGUGUUUUUGCUUGUGGUUACUGGCCGGCGUUCUCGUCAGAUCAUCACCUGAGGAGAAGCCGGUAUCCAACGUUGUGAGCCGGCGGAGUUGCUUUGUUGCACGCUCGAGAGUGGCCGUAUGACUAAGGAAGGAUAAUAAAUGUUUUGUUGCCGUGGCGGAAGAAUAACUGCAAUGUGUUUUCUUUUAUAUUUCAUGUGCGGCAGCGCUUGUCGACACCAUUUUAUCGACUUGUCUGUGGAGAACCUUUCUUAUAUAAUUCUUGUACGGUCAAGGUCACCAGUACUCGUAAGUGUAUUCAUCGUCGCAGGGGUGUUCACGUAGAUUUCGUACGUUUCCCCUCCGUGAGGCAUACCACAGACUGUUGGAUCUUCCGGUGUCCUUUAUUACCCGUGUACAGAGUGCCUUCUACGUUCUCUUCCUGCGUCAGCAUCUACGGCUCCCCCCCUAUGGGGACUUUUUAUAGGGCCUGAAACUCUGGAUGUUUUCCAGGCUACCUGCUUGAGCAGGUGCUGACGUCUGCUCACCUGGAGCCGUGCUGGAGAUCCGUGUCUCAAUGGCAAAGGCGCUUCUGUGUCCUGCGGGCUUUUCGUGCAGAGACCCCUAAGCUGUAGGAUUGAGUACCUCCCAAUGGAGCUUAUCUUAAAUAGACGGCUAAUGACUUGCAAGCUAGUUCUAUGGUUGUGCCACUUCAGCCCCUGCUGUUAGGUGCUUUUCGGGGAAGAAUCCCGUUGAAGCUUUCUCAGCAUAACUAAGUGCCGGAACCUUCUACACACCCUAUCUCUUUCGAGCAUAGCAUACCGUGUCUUCUGUCUUUCGCAGUCUUGCUAAGGCUUCCUCCCUUCCGAAUGUUUCAGGAUUGCCUGCUGUGACAGAAGCUCCUCCAUGCUCCCUCGGUAGGACGCCUCCAGUAGAUUACGUUCAGUCAGUCCGUUGUGGUGUUUCCGGUGUCACGUCUCUAGCUAUCCACUGAGGAUAGUGGUAGAGGUCUUUUGGGGGGGGCAGCCUUGGCCCCCUUCUUUCACUUUUCCUGUGUCUCUGAAGUUUGCUCAUACAGUUACACGAAGAAACCCACUGAAUGCCGGCAGUUUGCGGUCAUGCGAGCGUCUCUAGGCUUUCUCGUGUUCCUGUCGGGCAAACUUACGGAGAGUCUCCAUCAGCGGCGCUAGAUGCAAAGUUAAAUUUGCGACUAUGUGUUACUUUGUGUGACAAAUGCUCUGGAGGCAUCCUUGAUGUGUAGGCUAAAGGUCUGCUUUUCUGUACAGCCGCUCAGGACAAGGGUUGCUUGUUUUCGCCCUUUAUUCUGAAUAGAGAGAAGAAAGACAAUCAGUGGUGACUCAUUCACACUCUUCGUGCAUAUCACGUGUCUCCAAAUGAAACCUGCUGUCAAGUUCACGGCGUCAGUCGUUCCGUGCUGUUCUCCAGUGUCCUCCAGUGGAAAGCUGACGACACGAAGCGUGCUCUUCAGGCGUCUUCGUGGAAUUGUAUUGGAGGUGGUGUAAACGGAGAUUUUCUUUUCUCACUACUAGAAACAUUCAUCGAGUGGAAGAACAGGAUCCAGCACAGUUUCAGGGGACAAUGAACGAGGUGGACGUGUACAAGUUGUCCUCUUUUUUGCCAUCGUAGAAAAACGGAGUGGUACGAAUGCGUUGUGUUGCCCUGUGUUCUCGGUAGUGCAAAAGUCUCCCUCAUCACUGAGUCUCUGUGACUAGUGGUGAUUGCUGAAAUCCCACGCGUGCGUCUUGUCGACCUCGGGUGUCUCCCUUGAUGACGCAUGAUGCGUGUCUCUCAUUAAGAUAAAUUUACCGUGUACGAAGCUUUAGUUCAGUUGCUCCAUCUUACGUGGUAACGUCAAGACACUCGAUUGAUUUCGAAGACACAAGAACUUCAGCGCCUGAUAAACUGUAUAACGUCUUCAGUUACCAAUGAGUUAAUGUCUGCUUCAUCUGUAUCAAGCGAACAAGAGACGGGGCAGAUGUUCACCAAUAAAUUGGCAAAGCUGCUGCUACGUGUUUGUACCGUACACGACGGAGACACGCAUGAUGAGACAAAAAUGGCGAGCAAUGCAGGUCUGCCGUCGAAUUCAGAGGAGGAUAGCUGCAAGACAGUGGACUAUGCUUUCACCUCUCGCUCUGCGUUCCCUGGAAGUGAAGGAACGACAUUCGUAAGUUCUGUUUGUCGCUCAUCAUCUUCGGGGCCGUCCUCCCUGCUUCAGUUUCCGCCAUCUUCGCCAUUUAAUAUUUGUCAUAGGGUCUGCGACAGAAAACGAGAAAGCAAGCAAACCCGCGCGGUGCUCUUCCUGCCUCAACCUGGUAUUUCUUCAUGUACUUUGGAGACAGCGGAAGACGGAGAACGUGACGAUUUGCUGAGGGACAGGGACAAGUGGCGGAUGCCUGAUGAAGGACGAGCGGAGGAAAAAGAUGAAGGAUCCGUCGAGAGACAAAAACAUACGGCUGAAGAGAGGAAAACUACUCUCGGUAGGCAAGAGAGGGAGGUCGAUAUAAAAGAGAGAGAUUCAUCUAUCCAGGAAAGUAGCUUGGUAAUCUUUGAAGGCUCAACGGGUCAUCCUGCUCCACGGUCAUCGACUGAGAGCGUUGGAAGGCCAACAAGGUCGGAACAUGAUGCAUGCUCUGCUCAAACUUCUUUCAGAUCCGACUUGGCCUCCCGUUUGCGUAAGCAAGGAGUCUUCCAUCACACAUCUGCUCAGCUAUGCCGCAGGCAGGGCGCCAGCGGAGACUUCAGGUGUAGAAAGAGGGGGGAAGGGGCAGCGAAGAGGAAGAAAAUGGCAAGCAGGGGAAACGGCGAUGGCGGGGAUAGCGAUAGUAAUCCCACACUGUCUUCUCAGCGGUUAUGCAAAGAUUUCACAAGCAUCGUCGUCGCUGGUCGGGGAGGCUGUGGAAGAGUCCUCAAGGCCACACACGUUCUCGACGGACAAACCUAUGCAAUAAAAGAGAUCAAGUUUGCGGCGAAUCGCGAGCAUCUGGAUGCCCACAUGGCCGUUUUUCUUCGAGAGGUGUUGUGCCUACGGCGGUUGGACGCGCAUCCGAAUAUUGUACGCUAUUUCAAUAGCUGGGUGGAAGUUUCUCCUCCGCCUCUUACGCCGGAGAACGCCAUCGACCACACGUCGCCUCUUGCAUCUCAGGAUCAGGUGCCAGUGGGGGCGAAGACGACUUGUGUCCGCUCACCGCUAAGACCGUCGAUGCGUGGUCACCUCGCUGGACAUAAGAUAAAGGUCUUCAAGGAUGACACCUUGAGGUGGAACGAAGCCGAAGGAGGAGAUGCAGGAGAAGGUAGUGAUGAAAAAAUGUCUCAAACCCCCCAGAUCCGUUAUAGCAGCUGUGGCCUUGACCCCGAGUGUGAACAGGUUUGCGACAGAAACCCAGACCAUGGUGGAAGGAAUCAGAACCGGGUACAGGCUUUCAGCGGCAGCCAACUAAUCACGGCUUGCAACGGUGCUUUGGCGGAGGAAGAUAAAGAGGUAACAGACAAGAGUAAAAUGCCCGGUCCCUGUCCAUCCCGUGACCGACCACCCUGUGUUUCGUUUCCUACGGGGCGCCCCAAGAUGUCCACGCGCAGUACAAUCCAGAUCGGUCACAACAAACACAUGACGCUUCCACCAACAACACUGACCGUGACAGGGGCGCGCCUGCGAUCAUGUUCAAACUGCCCUCGAGGAGCAAAUGCCCCUUUCGAAAACACUCAACGGGCCUGUUUGAGGAAGGAGGGUCUUCCAUGUAAGGUCACGGAAUUCUUUCCCGUGCAACAUGGCUGUUCCGACCUGUGUGCUGAGUCUCCAGAGGAAGUGGACCGGAGAGUCCGACGGACUACUACGAAAGAAUCAGGCAAAAAGGGUGAGGGAAAGAACGCGGACAGCCACAGUGCGGGUGCAGGUUGGGCAGCAAUGCGGGGCGAGACAAGAAAUGGCACUUGCCGAAGGAACCAUGUGUCGGAAUCUCUGAACGCAGAAUUGGAAACGAUAAGUAAAGAUUUUCUUCGUCUCCACAAUACAGUUUCACGCAGAUUGGUAGUUAGCAAUACGCACGACGGGAAUGAUGAUGUCUUGCCUCCUUCGUGCAACGACCAAUCGUAUGCACUCGGGCAAGAGACUGGCGCCUCUGCCACCGAUUGUGAGAGAUGGAGUGAUGGUGGUACUCAGGAACAAGAGGCGGAUUCGAGAGAAGCCCCAAGAGAUAAAGAAAACUGGGGUUAUGAUGUAGCAAAGCAAUGGACGGAGGACGUGGGGAAGCAGGAGACAGAGGAAGAAAGUGUGCAUCGGAACGGGCAGGGGACCUCGAUUGCCUUUCAGAAUGUCGGUCACGCCUUCGCGUGCAUAAACUCAAAUCGGAAUGAUGAAGUCAAGGGGUUGGAGAUAGCGCUAGAAGCGAGAGAAGAACGAGAAGACGCACACAGACCUUGGACACGACACACUGGAGACAUGCAGUCCCCACCGGAUGGUGAGACGAGCCCUAAAGCGCGAGAAAAGGGAGGCACAUAUAAUGCCCCCUCAUGGUACAGAGACCCAGGAAAGAGCGGUGGUGAAGCACUGCGAGAUAAAGAUGAUAAAUACAGUUAUACGACGGGUAAACACCCUCCAGAAUCAUCCUCAACCGUAUGGAGCGAUGGCCACACUGUCACAGGCGCGGACUGGACCUCUGUUCGGACGGAGUCUCGGCCAGCAGUUAGGGAGAGCAUCAGAAACAUGGGAAAAAAAGACGGUACGAAAAUUCUCGUUUGUGACGAUUUCUGGCCCUGUUACGAGUUCUACAGUGACGAUAAUGGGGAGGAUGGUCUACAAAUUGUCUUCGCGGAAGUAGAUCCAGGUGGCGUUGUGUCGUGUACACGGAAAGAUGGAGUACAAGAGAAUGAGGAAAAUGCGGCGGGGCUGAAGUGUACUGUGGAUGUAACAUCCCGAUCUAGCGGUGUUCCUCCCGUUAGUGAAAACACACUGGUGGUAUCAACGCAGCAUAGCCCAACCGGAAAAAGUGACAUCCGAUCGCGAGAGACUGAAAGGAGAGGCAGUGGGAUGGUGGAGAUGGGCGAAAGGCUGAUGAAUCAAAUGGCGAACGAGGUAAUUCUACAAGAAAAAGUCUGUCCGUUUCUUCAGCCCUCCAGCCGCAUGCCUUGGGACAUCUCCCUCUUUGCUGUAGGUGGCGUAGCGGCAAGCGACAAGGGAGAAGGAACACCUGAAAGUUACAGGAAUCACCAUGCCACAAUGAGCAUGGCCGAUAUGAAAGAGCGGUCCUACAAACCUCGAACAAGGCGACAUAGCUGUGGUUACCCCCGUUAUCCCAAGGAACGACUCUGUGCCCGUCGUGGCAGAAGUCAGAGUUUCACCGCCUCAUCUGAUCGACUACCCGAUGAAGCUGUCGUGGAAUCGAAGGAGGAAGCACAGCACACCCCGGUACAGGGGACAGCUGCAAAAGCGGUAGAUGUUCGGGAACGUAGGAACCUGGAAGAGACAGCAAGCGCUGGGUUGAAGCAGUCUGCUAUAGGGACACACGCAGUUCUGACAGAAUGCCAUCGGUCAACGAUUCACGAUGAUGGAAAUGGUGUUUCCAUACGAAACCAAGACGUUUCGCUCCCAUCACCAAGAUUAUCGUACCACAGAAAACGACACCCCUCCCCACAGCCCCUCACCGGAGGCGUUAAUUCUUCGGAGACCCUCCGAUAUAAACGGUUACCUCAGAGUGAGAGGCAAGGCAACGGCCGGCAGGAAACGACGGUAGUCAAUCUGCGGCGCUGUCGAGAAGCCAUCAAAGGAGUCCAAUCGAAAGAGAUGCGAGGGCGCGUGAGGGCCAAGGCCAACACCUCGCAAAACAUUCCUGACCUUUCUCUCAGCCGGCGGCACUUCCUCGGUCUUUCUUAUCCGUGUGAGCGCAAUCAAUGCAAAGUUGCCGUGUCGCUGUAUAUCCAGAUGGAGUACUGCGGGAUGAGUCUCGACGAGUAUAUUGCACAGACGCCAGAAGUUGAUCCGGAAAGAAACGAGGAAAUUGUGGCGAUGAUUAUCUCAGGACUUUAUCAGUGCCACAGUGCAGGGGUCAUGCAUCGCGACCUGAAGCCAUCGAAUAUUUUCAUCGACAAGGAGACCGGAGUUGUCAAAAUUGGCGACUUCGGCCUUGCCUUUAGUGAAGACAUGAAACAAGUUCCCAGCUCAGACCGUAACAGGGGAUUGUUCGAAAAGGACAUUUCCUCAAAGAACUGCUCCUCGAUUGUGACCCCAAAUUCAGCAACUCCCGAUAGCAAGAGAGUUUAUGGAGAACAGGAUGAAGAUUGUCAGGGUGCUUCCUCUGAUGUGCUUUAUGGUGGCAGCAGGGGAGUGAAAGAAGUACUCAAAGGGGGAGAAGAGAGUGCGCAGAUGAGAAUUAGUAGAGCGAACACAGCUGGACACCAAAACCUGGGAAAAGAGGAACAACAACACUAUCACCGUAGAAGCACGCACAACCUCCACCCGCUUCCAAUUACUCCAUUUCUCUCAGCAACGCCCUUAGCGGGCGGAACUCGGCCACACUCCAGUGUUCAAGAUGGCACUCUGUACAAGACUCAGGUUCUUCAGAGCUCUCCCGGAGAAACGCCGUGCGUCUCAUGUCCUGAGUAUCCGAAACGGGGCCCUCACAGUGAGAUGUCAAGCGCAGGGAGAAGCUCACUCCUUGCAGAGAGAACAACUCUGAUUUCCGGCGUCGGCGAGCAAGAGCGGAAGUCUGUUGACAGAGAGAAAAUUUCUCUCAGUCCAGAAAAUUUUCCCGGUCUGUGUCCUUCGGAGCUUCCCACAGGUGCAGUGGAACAUGUAGAGCCCUCUUCUUUGGUCAUGCAGAAGCCCAGGAACGACCCCACAAAACUGAAGAAAGAAGCAUUAAGCAGCGUAUCACCCGUGGUCGGAGAGGUACCCAGUCUCGCCAACGUACAGAGGUCACAUGCUGCUUGCCUGACUCCUCGAACAACGUGGGAAGGCCUUCCCAAUUGUCAAAGUCCCGUCUUCUCCGCUCUCCGACGCGAUCUCGAAAAAAGACACCACGACACCACCAGGCUAAGUAUGGCGCCCAGCUGCAUGAAGCACGUAUCCUUACCAGCAAGUAUUUCCGGGACGCCCAGGCUUGCAAGUACUCCAGCGCGAACCUGCAGCUGUGGAUGGCAGACGGGUCACUUCAGUUGCUGUGCGUCUCCUGUUAAAACCGUUUGUCCGUCUCCUCUCCAUUUGUCGCUUGACAUUUCUGGCUGUGUUCACAGUCCGUGCAACUCACCGCACAGACGCAGUCAAAUCCCCGUUCCGCGUUGUCGAAAUCAUUCUGGUCUCCACUGGCCAACUUCGGUAGUACCGCUGCAUAGUCCAUGUAGUUGCGUGGCAGGUAGCAUGCAUGAAAGCAACUUGUGGAGCCCGCGGAUGGGUUUCGCAGCCUCGAUGGAGGGUGGCGGAUGCUGUGGGACCGCAGGAGGACCCUGCUGCAGUCGGCGAUGUCGGGCACCCACUACUUGUAGAGACCCAUAUUGUCAUCUCUGUGACAGUUUUGAGGAGGGUGACAAGGUAGAACUGCGACUUGAUGCGGAUCGACAUUCGCCGAAAAGUGGCGGGGAGAAAUCUUGCGUAAGCUCCCGUACUGAUGGUUUCUCACCGGAGACGGGUCUGCCCAACUCCGCUCGUGUAAGUACCCCGGAAAGGGGCACUGGUCAAGGUACAACCCACCUUGUUCCCGAAACGAGUCAAUCAGGCAGGCGUCGCCAUGAAUUCCGGCGUUCCCCCGAGCAACGCAUUGGUACGAUUGACGAAUGUUACAAUCAAGUGACAGUCCCACAGACAAACAUGGUGACUUCGGGCAUACCUGAAGGGACUAUUGAGCGACUGCCAUGCCUAUCUGAAGAAAUGAACGACGGUAACCAAGGCUGGGCUGCGAGGGGGGCGAACGCGAAGGAUUCGUCGUCAUGUUGCCCCUCUGUUCGUUGCCAAAAUCCCGUUAAAGGAACAGAGAACACGACACAGUCUCGCGGGUGGCGUCUCUCGCGGUCACUAUCUCAGGCAUCGCCUGCAUACCUCAACGAAGAAACCCGACAGAAAGCCCGUUGCGUAUCUCCCGAAUUCUUAUGUGGCGGGCGGGACCGAGGCGGGAGAGGAGGAGCAACAGCAGUACACGAAAGUAAAACCAUCGCAGAUAUGUGCUCCAUUCCUUGCCAUGAAAACACAGCCCGACAUCGAUGCCCCUCUCUUCCAUGCACACCUCGAGACGGUCCUCCCACCGUGCCGGCACUGUUCGAGAAACGAACAGCAGGAGUGGGGACUAGAGCUUAUGCGCCACCAGAGCAACUUCAAGGCGGGAGAUAUGACUUCUCAGUGGAUAUAUGGGCUUUGGGUCUCAUUGUUCUAGAUUUGUUUACAAGGUGCAACACAGCUAUGGAGCAGGCCAUGAAUUUCCGUAAUGCUCGCGAUGGACGCUUUCCUCCAAGUGUGACUUCGACGUAUCCAUGGGUUGUACCCUUCUGUCGAUGGUGCCUGCAAAAUGACCCGUCAAAGCGCCCUACAAUUCGUCAGCUGUACCAGCACUAUUGCUCUACAGGAUCUGUGUUUGGCCCCAAAACAGCGACAUCCAGAUGUUCGGCUUCAGGACUCUUGUCUCACACGGAAGACAAUAAUGUCGUGUUUCCGCUCUGUCUCCCACUGCCUCACAUUUGGACGGGCACAUGUCUCCCACAUCGUCUGCUGCCAUCGGAUGACUUCUUCCACUCUCCGCGCUCGGGUGUUCUUGUCAAUGUUGACUCUCAUGCGAGGAAUGAUGAUUCUCUGGGAGGUACGGUGGGCUUGGGACAAACACAGUGGCAGAACUCUGUGGUCGCUCUGAGCCCACCAGCUUGUGGUUCGUACGAAUUUUGUGACCAGGCUAGUUCUUCGUGUUUCGACGCGCACAUCAGUGGACAAAGUCACCCCCCGCAGUCCUAUGCCAGUAGUCCUCUGAGGAUACCUUGUAACCACUCAUGCUUUCCAGCAGAUUUGAGCCCACUCUCCUUGAGCAGAUCUCCCAGGGAGUCAGCCCACACCAGCACAUGUGUUGCUGGCGAAAGAUCCUGUGGAGACACUGCCCGAAGCCCUACGUGCGUCUGUGGACCAAGCGCACAUGCGUCACCGGCGAUUUCAACAAGGCUGGGCUGUUGUGCGUGCCCAAUCACAGGCCCCUGUCGAGGUGAGGCGGUGGAUGAACCAAAUUUCUGUGUGGUUCGCGAUUCAGAGGGUGAGGACAACACUCUCCUCUCAGGCUGCUCCUGUAUGUCGAUUUCUGCCGGAAGCAGCAGACGCCCGGAGAGCCCGUGGCAGGGUCAGCAUAUGAACACGCCAUCAACCUGCCCAUCAACAACAUUCAUAGGCUGUUCCGCUUGCCAGUGUCCGUUUUGUGCGUGCUGCGUUUGCCGAGGUUGCAGCGGGGCCGUAUGUGAGGUGUUCCCCGCUGAGGGGUUGGCUAGUUCAGCUGCCAGCGGUGGACCAGUCUCUCCCACUGCACUGAAGCUCUCUUCAGAGGGAAGGAUGUUCAAAGAUACAUCGAGCGAGGUAUGGGGACAGCCCGGAGUAGCCUUAGCCAGAUGCCGCAAGUUUCCGACUCCCUGGUCUUUUUCUCCAGCAGUGGUUCAUGGAGAUGAAAGCAAAACAUCCCCACCACAUAAUUGGAGCCGUCCCGCCCAGGAACCCGACAGCUGUCAUCUGUGGUACAUGCUCCCGCCGCCACGGACCCUGCUUCCAUGAUCUUUGCAUCGGCCUCCGGUCAUUAGGACUUGAUUCUCUCUUCGCGACAGUUUCGGAAACUCAUUCAAGAGGCGUAGGCGGGGUGCACAGGACGGCGAAGUCUAAAAAGUGAAGAGGCUGUAUUACCUGUAUUGCCCAUUCUCCCGCCAGUUGCAGAGAAUUCUUGAAGAGGCCGGACACAAACCAUCUACUACCAUGGAAUCCCGUUAAGCCAGACGGAAGCACGAAUGCAUAUGCGUGCCUGUGAUGAUUCAUCUCAUGAAGUUGAUCUGUCCACGUGGACAGUGGUGACAGAAGGAGCUUCGUAUCUGCCUCAUCUACUUUACCGAGUGAAUCGUAAAUAGGUUCACACAAGAAUGCGUGUAUGAAUAGGCUUCUCACGUAGUCCGUUCAGUGCGGAAGGCUUUGGGGAGUUAGAAAGUGUAGCCGUUUCAUAGGUGUCGAAACUUGUGAGGAUGCCAACGGCUUUUUUUGGAUAAUCGAUCCGUCUGUAUUCGAUGGCAUUCACAUGUUAGAAGCCAGUGUAAAUAAAUCGUCUGGCUGUGUUCGGGGAAAGACAGUGAGUUACAUUGUUUUGUUCGUGUUCCAGUGACGUUCUUCAUCACCUACAAUCAUUGAAAGGAAGCACAGCCGAAGACCGCAACGGAGUCAAAUCGAUUAAGCUACCGUGCAACCGUAUGUGGAUGAGUGAAGCCACCAUGUCACUAGAUCACUGGCCACCGACAAUACAGUUCAAAGACUGGGGGGCAUUAUUUGUUUUUGUAGGAGAUGUAGACGCUUUCAUUUUGUGUUCCGGCCGAGAAUAUGUUCAAUUGCUCACACGUUGAGAUUCAAAUAUGCUUAUGUACAUACGCAAGCCGGAUGAGCAUGCAUGACAUGGGUAUUAAAUUCGGUGUACGAUAUAUGUGCCUGUUGGGAAAUAAACCAUAUACUGUUAUCUGCAGUGACCCAAUAAGGAACCAAUAAUGCGAG